CCGACCCGAAUAGGAGAAAAGUCGCAUCGGCUAACGGCGACACAGCUACUGAGGCGCGUCGGCAAGCCUCCUGGCCGCGUCAUGACUUGUACGUCGAACGGCCGGGCUUCCGGCAAGAGUUCUUCGGGCAACAAUUUGCCAGUCAAUCAUUCCCCUAGCCGAAAGCGUCGAGGUCCUUAUCCUUCGGCAGACACCCCUUCCGACCGGCAUUCCGGCAAUCAGCCUUUAAGAAACCAGUCCUCGGGCGGACGCCAUUCGGAGUCUCACGCCUCGGCUAGCCGUCCUUCGGGGAGAAUUACCCAUAAUGCUUCCAGCAGCCGCCCUUCGGAUAAUCCACCUUCAAAUGAUCGUCCAUCAGGUAACUAUGGGCCGCGUGGCCCUGCGUCGCCGAGAAACCCGUCCGGUAGUCACACGUCAGGGAAUGGUCGUGCGGCACCUACCGAACCUCGUGCCGAUCAGCUGAGGAGAGAAAGCGGGAGUAGUCGACGCAGCCAGACUAGAUCGCCCCGGCGGCCGAAGGGUAAGCAGAAACAAAAAGAGGGAAGCCAAAAGCCAGCGGAGGACCGCAACGCAGGGCAUCCUGGUGGCGACCAGAAACGGAAUGUCCCUUAUCUGAGGAGCUCUCGUGAGGUCAAAGAAGACCCAGUUGCGGAGCGACCAUCUCGUGAGAAAACCCUGCGGCCUGUGCAGGAAGCUCAUUCCAACGGGCGACAACCGACCAAGCCCCGCACCGCCGCCGAAGAAUCCCGCCAACCUGAAGAGCAGGACCAGGGCGCCCGAGGCGGCAUCGACGUCCGGAAUCAUGGGCGGGACAGGGAAUCACCGAAUGCAGAGAACGAAGAGAGCCUCCGCGAUCUGCUGCUGCAUAUGCAGGAGACGCUCGACAGAGAGCGGGCCAUGUACCGCGAGGGCCUGCAACAAGUCAAGAGGAUGGCAGAAGACAUUCUAAGGGAACAGCGCCAGUCCAACCAGGCGCUUCAGGAGGAAAGCAAGACUAUCACGGCCCAGUUCAAGAAAUGUAAAAAGCUGCUCAAGAGACAGCAAACCUGGAUCCAGAAUCACUUGCCGGAGGAGGUGGUACCGAGCGUCGAGACGACGCAACCCCGGGGUCGCUCCGUAGACAGCAGAGAGUGGGACUAUAUCAUGCGGUCGGUGAGCGUCAGCGAGGGCGACCCCGACGACGAAACAUACAGGCCGUCGAGGAGCCCCAGCACGGAACACAGUUGGGAGGGUAGCAGCAUCGAGGAGGGUUCGCUCGAGGCCGAAGAAGAGGAACUGGAGGACGAAGAAGAACCCGGCGACGAACCCGGUGACGAACCCGGUGACGAACAGGUGGAGGGCUCGGACGAGCCCGAAGACGAGGGAUCCGAGGAGGAAAAACCGGCGGUUGAUGAAGAGCAGCCCGCUCCGCCGAGGGACCCAGCCACCGCCGAUCGGGGCAGCCGAAAGCGCAGGGCGACGCCGUCGGCGACGCCCAAUCCGCGACCGAACAAGAGACCGGUCCGGGAGACGCCUGUGGUCAACCCAUAUCUGACCAGGGCCAUUGAGAAUCUCACGCUGCAGAAGCAGGCCAUAGGGCAGCAGGUCCUAGAGCUGAUGCAGCGCCGCGCCCGCGCAUUGGAGGGCCGUGGGACCCGGUGGAAUCCGCUGGUCUUGGAAUGAUAGAUCCUCGGUCGGCUCAGCCCAGCAGAUGCAGGCGGUCACUCACUCGGAUGGGAAUAAUCUGUACAGUACAGGGUAUACGACGGGCGGAUAUGUACGGAGUACACGGUGUGGUGUGGACA